AUGCCUGCUCGGCAAACCAAGGGACUCGAUUCGAAUGGUGGAAAUGGAAGCCGACCCCUUCAAUCCUGCAGGAAGGAGAGGCGCCCCAUGGCCUUCAUGUUCAUUGAUUCCAGCAAUGGCGGCAUAAACGCAAAGCCAGACAGGGAGGUCCGUUCUUUUGUUAUGAAGUCGGCCCGCAAUAAGAAGCCUUGGAGCACUCGACCUAGGAGCUCGAAGACCGAAACUUUGACAGGUGAGAAACCUCGGCGACUAUCGCCAUCUCGGACCCAGGGUAGCAAUGAACCGCCUCAAAACAUCGCUCCUUUACCCCAACUGGAAUGGGACCCGUAUUCAGCACCCUGGGUGAAGCAUCCAGUUACAUCACCCCGUAGUAGCAGGAGCAAUAGUGUCUUCUCUAGUCAUAGCAGCAACUGGGCUUGCGAAAGCCCCGUGUCCACGUCCACCAGCCCUUGCGUGGGGUCAGAUCACGCGGAAGAAGUUUACGACUCUUUACAUCCAACACUACUAGGAAUGGCAUGUCAGACCAGCUUAAAUGUUAGCCUCACGGGUUCCUUCGACUGCUUAGCAGUGCGAUUGAACGCAGAUGCAGAAGGUCUCCUCCAUCAAUUCAUCGAAGCCUCGACACCCCGGCUACUCCCUAUAGAUCCCCACAAAUCAUCCGAAGCAGCAGCUACAGAUUGGUUCGCGACUUGUAUUCAAAGCCCCAUUGGCGCACCCUUCAUCUACGCUACCCUCACUUCAUCCGCACGAGUCGCAAAACUCGACCCAGAGGUGUACAAAUGGCGCGCCAUUUCAGAAGUGAACAUGCUUCUCACUGACUCAAACAAGAAUACUGACGACACGACUAUUGCUACUGUUUUUAUGCUGCUUGCUCUUGAAGAGGCCAGUUUGGCAGACCCUAGAAGGAAAGGCGAUGAGAGGAGGUGGAGUAAAAGUGUAAACGAAGCUCACUUGAGUGGGUUAAGGACGAUGAUUGGGCAGAGAGGGGGUCUUGCUGCGUUAGGUCAGAACCGAUGUUUACAGGUUUUUAUAUUGAUGCAUAGCAUUGCGCAAUCCAUCACAACAUUCAAGCCUCCUUACGCUCUACUAAUCGACGCCGAUGGUCAGAUCCAAGACUACAGAUCCAUCUCUCUGCAGUCUCCAAACUCAUUCACACGGAUCUUACGGCCGUUUCAAAACCUUUCUAUCGGCCGCGCACUCUUCGACAUUGUCUCCACAAUCACCAUCUUCGUCUCGGAUCUUACCGCCUGGUACGAGUCCGGCAUAUGUCCCGUUGAUUCAUUUGAGCUGCAAAAACACGCUAGCUUGCUGAUGUACCGACUCUUCGAUUGGUACGAACAAAAUGCCAGGUAUCAAGACCAAAGUGCCACACUUGUCGAUCAAAGCAUCUGCCUUGCACUCUUGAUCUUCAUGGUCAACGCAACAGAACCCAAUGCCUUGUCCUUUGGCUCACGCCUCUCCAAAACAGUCACCAAACUGCGCAAAUCCCUCCAAAGAGUUCCUCUACUCCGCUGGACCAACGCUCCCGAUAUCCUCCUCUGGACACUUACAAUGGGCGCGCUCGGUGCAAAAGGUCUGCCCAAAGGCUCAAGAGCAACCUCCAGCGCUGAGUCGGAACUCUCGUUUUUCACGCAGUACUCCUAUACUGCAUUUCUUGGCCACGAUAAUAGCGUGGCGUCAACGGAUCUCGAGCUGCUGCUGGAGAAGAUGAGAACAUGCCUUUGGAUACCGUCGAUCUUCGAUGUACGAGUGAAGAGGCUGUGGGAGAGCAUGGGUUUGUGCAAGGCAGAAGUUUGGGAAUGGGAGGAAUUGAGUAGCAGUAGUGAAGGAGACAAAGAUCAAGUCGUGGACGAUGAGUAUGCUCUGGGACAAAGUACAACGCUGCGGUUCUUCAGUGCGGGUGGUGGGAAGACGCGACCAAUGAGGGGUACUACUUAG